AGUAGCUGACAUGAUAUGGAUGGUGGAAAAUCGAUUCCCAUGGCGUCGCUUUGCUCUGCAAGGUUGUCGCCUGAUGCUCUAGGGUUUAUACCUCCGAAGAAGAUGGCCUCUUCGAUCCACGACUCGCGUUCGCGUGUCCAUGGUUCUUCAUCUCGCUAUAGGAUGGGUCGAAGAGCGAAUAAUAAUAAUCAGCUGCAAGUUGUGGCUAUGGCACCCGAGGAAGAGAAGCUCACUCGUCGCAAUCCUCUCGAUUUCCCUAUUGAAUGGGAGAGGCCUAAACCUGGGAGGAGGCCUGAUAUUUUCCCAAAGUUUAGCCCAAUGAAGACACCAUUGCCACCUCCCAUGCCUUAUGAUCCUCCAGCAGAAGACGAAGAAGAAGAGGAAGAGAAGAAAGAAGAGGAAGAAGAGAACCCUGACCAAGAAGAAGAGGAACAACAACCUGAGAAGCAGCAAUAGAUUUUUUUUUUAAUAUAGUUUGCGAGAAAAAAGGUUGUAAACGUCGAGAUCUAAGAGGCUUUCUGUUUCUGAUUUUUUGUUUAGUUAGUUUUAAAAUCUCGUACUGAUGUACUAUAUUUCGCGUAAUAAUGUCAGUUUUGUCUCCAUCA